CAAUUUUUCUCUCGAGCUCCCUCCUCUCCCUUUGUCAUUCUAGCUGGCUGCAGCCUCCGCAGCGUCCCUCCAGCUCUCCCUGUGCUAAUUGCUUGCGCCUUAGACAGAUCGGGUGCGCAAAGCAGAAGGAUUAGUUGGGACCUGCCUUGGUGACUCCAUGGCAUCCCCCAGAACCGUAACUAUCGUGGCCCUUUCAGUGGCCCUGGGACUCUUCUUUGUUUUCAUGGGGACCAUCAAGUUGACCCCCAGGCUCAGCAAGGAUGCCUACAGUGAGAUGAAACGUGCUUACAAGAGCUAUGUCCGAGCCCUCCCUCUGCUGAAGAAAAUGGGGAUCAAUUCCAUUCUCCUCCGAAAAAGCAUUGGUGCCCUUGAGGUGGCCUGCGGCAUCGUCAUGACACUUGUGCCUGGGCGUCCCAAAGACGUGGCCAACUUCUUCCUGCUCUUGCUGGUGUUGGCUGUGCUCUUUUUCCACCAGCUGGUCGGUGAUCCUCUCAAACGCUAUGCCCAUGCGCUGGUGUUUGGAAUCCUGCUCACCUGCCGCCUGCUAAUUGCCCGCAAGCCUGAAGACCGAUCUUCUGAGAAGAAGCCCUUGCCCGGAAGUGCCGAGGAGCAACCUUCCUUAUAUGAGAAGGCCCCUCAGGGCAAAGUGAAGGUGUCAUAGAAAAGUGGAAGUGCAAAAAGUGGACCUUCCAGGCAGUUGCCUCCAUGUCAGUGUGUGUUUUUCAUUUGAUUUAUUUAUCUUGGGGAAAGGGAAAAAUAUAAUCUGCAAGAUAAUGACCCUAUUGGCUUGUGUACAUCUAUACCCUAAAAUGACUUCCCCACAUUGACAUUUGUGUGCCACCUUUAAUCACUCUGGGGCAAUUCUCACAUCUUGCUGCAUGUACAUGUAUACAGCUACUAUUGAAGUGUAAUUGUGAGAUGGACUCCAGCAAGCAUGUGACUGUGAGAUUAUGUGUGGGAAAAUGUAUUUAACUAUUGUGUGUGUGUAUGUGUGUGUGUGUACACUCACACAUGUGCAGAGAAGGCUCUGAUCUUGAACUAAUCCUGCAGAAGUAUCCUUCCCUUUAUAGAUUGAUUCCAGCAAAGGCAGAAUAAAAUAAACCUCAUAUAAAGAGAAUCCUACUUACUUCUGGUAUAAAACAAGUGAUGUAUUCCCAUGGUGGAGGAACUCCUCAAUAGAUGAAGCUGAAAACUUAAACUCACCACUUUAGGAAAAAAAUUCAUUUCAAUUUGAGACACUGAAUUACAUGUAAAAUUAAUUAGCCCUUACCCUAACAGUUGUUUAAAUUUUAAAUACUCCAUAUUGAGUUUAAUUAAAACAAAGGGUAUAUGCAGUCAAAAGAUAGUUUAAUUCUUUAAGUGAUAAAAUAGGAAGUUUCACCUUGCCUUUGUCUGAGUCCCAUCUACUAAGUCCCUUUACUCACAGUGCGAAACUGAAAUAGUAAACUUGUUACCAGACAUCUUUUUCAGAUUUUCUUAAGCCCAAAGCUGCCUCACAUCCACUAUUCUCUGCAGUUAACCAGUUUUUGGCAGCUGCUCCACUGUUGCAGUUCAGGGAGCAGGGAGCAGUCCUGUUAGAAGUCUGUGAAUCGCAAACUCUAGCUGUUCUCUGAAAUCAUCUCAAAUUUGACAAGCUGUAUCUAGUGUUUCCUUGCCAAACAGAUUCACUACUCCUAUUGAUUCUUCACUAAACUUUGCUAGUGUAAGCAGAGUUCCAAGUCAUCUCCCAGGAUUGUCUCCUGUACACUUCUUUAUCAUUCUGGUGGGUGGAGUUUAGCUGGGGGAAGGACAUUUGCUAUGGGUUAGUUGGAUUGAGCAGUAUGAAAAUUCGCUUUCUUCAUUACAUACUGCUGUUUCUCCUUGUUAAAUGUGCUUUGAUGGUUUUAAUAUUAUUGUGCCAGGGAUGGGGAAAGGGGUGGGGGGUUGUGUGUGGGGAGAGUACUUAUUAUUGUAUUUUCUUCAGUGUCAUUGUUCUUGGUAAUUGAUAAUUCUCUGUCUUAUUUCUCUCAUUCUUUCAAAAUAAAAAAUUUUUGAAAUUUGGAGGAAA